CCAAAGACAACAGUCCCUUUCCCUGUUGCACGACUGAACUCAAGUUCGAGUACACCCCAUUUUACACUUUUUGGGAAGUAAACGUUGCGGGAGAGAAGAGCAUCACCAAGCUCUCGCGUUUCUCUUGUUUAUUAUUAUCUUUUCCAUUGUAUCCCACAUUCGUUGCUGUACUUAAUUUUACACUCGCUUCCAACGCUACAUACAUACUGGACCGAAUUGGAUGGGUUUUAGCUACCAAAGUAGAGACAGCCAGAGAAUUUACACGCCAUCAACCACGAUCCGCAGUCGGCAUACGAAUUGAAGGGCCUUAGGGGCCUUCGCGUCUCUAACGCUCACGAUACCUGCAAACAACAUCUUGCAUCGUCAAUCCCUCCUUCCCGCCUGAUAAUUUACUGCUUGCUUCCAACAACAUGGCUCUGAAUCUGCCCAUGGGUGGCAGUGGGGGCGCCCAUACUCAACCUUCGCUGCCCUCGUUGCCCACGCAUCUACAGUCCGACACGAACAUAACGGCACACCUCGCCAGUCGUUUCCAUGUUUCGAUACCCACUGCUCGAUUGUCCUCACAUGCACUCGUGUCUCUCAACACCUACACGACCUCCACCAAAGGUCUCGAUGGCGGAAAAGAAGGAAGCGCUAUGGCGGGCGCUGAGGACAUGGCCGACAGGGCUUUCCUUCGAUUGGGACAUCGAACGGAAAACCAGGCAGUUUUGUUUCUGGGUGAAUCCGGAUCUGGAAAGACGACGAUUCGAUCCCAUCUCCUGACCUCGCUCUUGAAUAAGUCUUCAACGCCUCUGUCUUCCAAGGUUUCGCUUGCGGCCUAUAUCUUCGACACUUUGACCACCACCAAAACCGCAACGACUCCUACGGCGUCCAAGGCUGGUCUGUUUUACGAGUUGCAGUACGACACAGCAUCGACGACGAAUCCAAUUCUCAUUGGAGGAAAACUGUUGGAUCACCGUCUGGAACGGAGCAGAAUUGCCGAUGUUCCCACGGGAGAGCGCAAUUUUCAUGUUCUGUACUACUUGCUCGCAGGGACAAGCGAGGCUGAGAAGUCCCAUCUUGGAAUCGACACACCCAGAGACGCCGCGGGGCAUCGCCGGUGGAAGUACCUGGGCCACCCCACGCAGCUCAAAGUCGGAAUCAAUGAUGCCGAUGGCUUCCAACUGUUCAAGACGGCUCUGCGUAAGCUCGAGUUUCCCAGGAGCGAGAUUGCCGAAAUCUGCCAAAUUCUAGCUUGUAUCUUGCACAUUGGCCAACUCGAGUUCGAGACGUCGGCAAGCACAACUGCCAUGGGAGACGACAGUGGCGGCUUCUCCCACGAAGGCGGACAGACGGUAACGGCUGUGAAGAAUAAGGAUGUGUUAGGCAUUAUUGCGGCGUUCCUGGGUGUCAGUUCCCAAGAUCUGCAGACAACCAUGGGCUACAAGACCAAGAUGAUUCACAGGGAGAGGGUGACUGUUAUGUUGGACCCUAUUGGAGCUCGGGCAAACGCCGAUGAGCUUGCACGAACACUUUACUCGCUCAUGGUCGCAUAUGUGAUCGAGACGGUCAACCAGAAGAUUUGCGCUCCCGAAGAGGCCAUCGCCAACACCAUUUCCAUUAUUGACUUUCCCGGUUUCGCCCAACAAUCAUCGACGGGUUCGGCCCUCGACCAGCUUCUCAACAACGCCGCCACCGAAACUCUUUACAACAUGACGCUCCAAAACUUCUUCGACCGCAAGGCAGACAUGUUGGAAACUGAGGAAGUUACGGUCGCUGCAACAAGCUACUUCGACAAUUCGGACGCUGUGAAGGGCAUGCUCAAAUCUGGAAAUGGUUUACUCAGCAUUUUGGAUGACCAGACCCGGCGCCAUCGAACUGAUAUGCAACUCUUGGAGAGUCUCCGAAAGCGGUUCGAGGGCAAGAACCCUGCCAUUCACGUCAGUUCCGCUCAGGCCAAGCUCCCAGGAAGCAAUUUCUUCACGGAGAACACAGCCGCCACUUUUACUGUUAAGCACUUUGCUGGAGAGGUGGAAUACCCCAUCAAGGGUCUGGUAGAAGAGAACGGCGAAGUCAUCUCGGGUGAUCUGAUGAACCUCAUCAAGUCCAGCAAGAGUGAGUUUGUCACCCGCCUGUUCGGACAGGAGGCUUUGCAGACGGUCAUGCACCCGCAUGAGAGAACCACAGUUAUGCAAGCCUCGGUCAGCUCUAAGCCCAUGCGAGCGCCCAGUGUUAUGUCUAGAAAAAACGGUAGGGCUGCGCGAACGGCUCGCGUGCGCAGGCAACAAUCUGUGGAUGACUUCGGCAGUGACAGCGAAAACCAUCCGGAAGGUCGCACUGGCGAAACUGGUAAGAGUUCAAACACCCGCCAUUCCGAGCAAGGUGCAUCCGGCCAGUUCCUCUCGUCACUUGAAAACGUCAAGCAGUCUCUCACGGCGUCCAACACCAACAUGUACUUCGUAUUCUGUCUGAAGCCCAACGACCGACGCAUUGCAAAUCAGUUCGACAGCAAAUGCGUUCGGACCCAAAUUCAGACCUUCGGCAUCGCUGAGAUCAGCCAGCGUCUGCGGUCAGCCGACUUCAGUCUGUUCCUUCCCUUUGGCGAAUUCCUUGGUCUUGCCGAUGUCGACACCAUCUUGGUCGGCAGCGAGCGCGAGAAGGUGGAAAUGGUGGUCCAUGACCGGCAAUGGGCCAGUAAUGAGAUCCAAAUUGGUUCAACGGGUGUCUUCAUCAGCGAGCGCUGCUGGAUGGAGAUUGCCCAGCUUGGUGAAGGCGGCUCUGCAUCUGGACGGUAUCCCUCCGAAGUUGGUGAUGGCAUAACGCCGUCUGCCGGCGACCUACCAUUCGGUGCUUCCAAGGAGCGUCUCCUGUCGGUCGGCAAUACCCCUCAAUAUAGUGACAAAACACGAGCAGGCUACUUUGGGGGGGAUGCUGAUGCUCGGUCCGACGCUGGCGCCUCGGCCCUCGGCGCAGGUGACAUGUUCAAGAACCUGGACACCAGGGAGCAGAUGGCGGAAAGGGGCAAUGAGAAGUCGCUUGUUGAAGUCGAGGAGUACCGGGACAGUCCAACCCGUAAGCGCUGGGUCUUCGUGUGCAUGGCCUUGACGUGGUUCAUUCCCGAUUUCUUGAUUCGUUGGCUGGGCAGGAUGCCUCGCAAGGACGUCCGUCAAGCCUGGAGAGAAAAGUUAGCCAUCAACAUGAUGAUCUGGCUCACCUGUCUCCUCGCCGCCUUCUUCAUGGUGGUCUUCCCGCUGCUCAUCUGUCCUAAGCAAAACGUCUUCAGCUCCGAUGAGCUAUCGGCGUACAACGGCAAGUCCGGCAGUGACGGCUCAUACGUGGCCAUUCGUGGUCAAAUCUUCGACCUCGAGGCCUUUCUCCCCACGCACUACCCACCUUACAUCGCCUCCAAGCAGCUUACUCAGUACGCCGGGUUGGAUAUUACGUCCUUGUUCCCUGUCCAGGUUUCGGCUCUUUGCCAGGGCGUCGAUGGCCAGGUCGAUCCUGCUGUCCAACUUGACUACAAGUCGACUAACACUUCUGGGUCGACGAGCGUCAUCAGCAGCCAGGACUUGAACUCCAAAUACCACGACUUCCGCUACUACACCGAUGACCCGCGUCCCGAUUGGUUCGCCGAGAAGAUGCGGGAGCUCAAGUCCAACUUCAAGAAGGGCACCAUUGGAUACUCUGCUGAAUACGUCAAGUCGCUCGCAGAAAACAAGAAUUCCAUCGCCAUUCUCAAUGGCCGUGUCUACGACUUAACCAAGUACAUUGUGGGUGGCCGCCACGUCGCCGUCCCCGAUGGAGUUGCGGAACCAACCGACCCGGAUGUGUCCAAUUUCAUGAGCCAAACUGUCGUUGACCUUUUCCAAAAGAAGGCUGGCCAGGAUGUAACCAAGACGUGGAAUUCUUUGGCCCUAACCCCGGAAGUGCGAGCGCGUCAGAAGCUCUGUCUUGACAAUCUCUUCUACGUGGGAGACCAGGAUACGAGAAACUCCAUAAAGUGCCAGUUUGCAGAUUAUUUGAUUUUGGCCGUCUCCGUCUUGCUUUGCAGCGUUAUUGGCUUCAAAUUUUUUGCAGCUCUACAAUUUGGAGGCAAGAACAUGCCCGAGAAUCUGGACAAGUUCAUCAUGUGCCAGAUCCCAGCAUACACUGAAGACGAAGAGUCGCUUCGACGAGCUAUUGAUUCGGCGGCUCGCAUGCGAUAUGACGACAAGCGCAAACUCCUCGUCAUCGUCUGUGAUGGAAUGAUUAUUGGUCAAGGAAACGACAGACCGACGCCCCGCAUCGUGCUCGACAUUCUUGGCGUGUCCGAGACGGUGGAUCCCGAACCUCUCAGCUUCGAAUCUCUCGGCGAAGGCCUCAAGCAGCACAACAUGGGCAAGGUAUACUCUGGCUUGUACGAAGUCCAGGGCCACAUCGUACCUUUUCUGGUCAUCGUCAAGGUUGGCAAGCCGUCGGAGGUGUCGCGUCCCGGAAACCGUGGCAAGCGAGACUCGCAGAUGAUCAUCAUGCGUUUCCUCAAUCGCGUUCACUACAACCUCUCCAUGAGCCCACUCGAGCUGGAGAUGUAUCACCAGAUCCGGAACAUCAUUGGCGUUAAUCCGACCUUCUACGAGUUCAUGUUUCAAAUUGACGCCGAUACUGUGGUUGCACCCGACUCGGCCACGCGCAUGGUUGCCGCGUUCCUGGACGAUACAAGGCUCAUUGCUGUAUGUGGUGAAACGGCGCUGACCAACGCCAAGUCGUCUUUCGUCACCAUGAUUCAAGUGUACGAGUACUACAUUUCGCACAACCUUGCUAAGGCUUUCGAAAGCUUGUUUGGCAGUGUCACUUGUUUGCCCGGUUGUUUCUCCAUGUACCGUAUCCGCGCCGCCGAUUCCGGGAAACCGCUUUUCGUCAGUCGGGAGGUGGUCGACAGUUACUCCACCAUUCGUGUGGACACACUGCACAUGAAGAACCUGCUGCAUCUCGGUGAGGAUCGUUAUUUGACGACGCUCCUUCUCAAAUUUCACAACUCGUACAAGACCAAGUACAUUUUCGCGGCUCACGCUUGGACCAUUGCCCCGGACUCGUGGGCCGUCUUCCUCUCACAGCGUCGACGAUGGAUCAACUCGACGGUGCACAACCUCAUGGAGCUUAUGCCCUUGGCUCAACUUUGUGGCUUCUGCUGCUUCAGCAUGCGUUUCAUCGUCUUUAUUGACUUGCUUUCGACGCUUGUGCAACCCGUUACGCUCGUCUACAUUACGUACCUCAUUGUCUUGGUUGUUACCAAAGCCACGGUCGUGCCCAUCACGGCUUUCAUCAUGUUGGGAGCCAUUUACGGUCUGCAGGCCAUUAUCUUCAUCUUGCGUCGCAAGUGGGAAAUGAUUGGCUGGAUGAUCCUGUACGUGCUCGCCAUCCCUGUCUUCUCCUUCGGUCUGCCCUUGUACGCCUUCUGGCACAUGGACGACUUCAACUGGGGUAACACCCGUGUUGUGGCUGGUGAACGUGGUAAGAAGGUUGUCGUUACCGACGAAGGCAAGUUUGACCCGGCCUCGAUCCCGCGUAAGAAGUGGGAGGAAUACCAAGCCGAGCUUUGGGAUGCGCAAACGGCUCGCGAUGAUGCCCGCUCUGAGGUCUCUGGCUACAGCUACGCCACCAAGCCCAACCUUGCCACGUCUGAGUACGGGUACGCCCCGAGCCACAAUGGCUCCUCACACGGUGUUGUUCCGCCUUACAACAUGCAGCACAUGGGUGACACCUCCCGUAUGUCGCUAGCUCACACCGACUCGGCUGCCAACCGGAUGAGCCAGUUUGGUGGAUCCCAGUUCUUCGGCCAAUCCGAAAUGGAGAUGGCCAAUCUGGCUGGCAUGCCGAGCGACGACGCCAUCUUAGCUGAGAUCCGUGAGAUUUUGCGAACGGCUGAUCUGAUGACGGUUACCAAGAAGGGCAUUAAGCAGGAGCUGGAACGUCGUUUCGGUGUUGCUCUUGAUGCAAGGCGAGCUUAUAUCAACUCUGCGACCGAAGCACUCUUGUCUGGCCAGCUGUAGAUAACUUGUUGUUACACCUUCUGCAUAUGAAUGAAAAAUAUAUUUCAUUAAAUCUUAUAUAUUAUAAUGCGUCGCAGCUGGCGACACGACUCUCCUGGCCUGACACUGGAGCAGAUGGGUCGGUCAGAUGGGGUUUACCAAAAAGAAUCGGAUGGAAAGGAGAGAAGAGCUCCUUGCUCUUCAGCAACGACCAACAACCGCAGCGCCAGCAGAAGAGCGCCAGCAUAAUAUAUACCGGGGAUUUGGGUUCGGGUGGGGUGGGGUAUAGUUAUAUCGUCAUUGUAUCUGAACUGAAUCCGCAAAGAAAGGGAGCGUGGAGAUAUAUGGGAAUUGGAAACAUUGGAGUUUGUAUGUUGUCUGUGCUGUAUUGCCAGUUUGUUGGAUGUUGGAUACAUUGAAGAGUAAACAUAACUUACAUUAUCAUUA